CCUCCCCGGGGGAGGGCGCUCGGGGGCCGCGGUCCCGCCGGCAGCGCCCGCCAUGUUUCCCGGCAGCCCGCCCUGCCAGCCGCCCGCCUGAGCCUCCCGGCGGCCGGCCCGGCCCGGCGGCUGCCCGCCUCCGCCGCCGGGACACCCAACGUCCGAAGGAACUGCUGAACACUUGGUGUGCGGCAGGCCGGUGGCCUCGGCCGGGAUCCCGCCUGCCAGGCACGCUCGGGGCGGCGGGGACGGAGAGGCCAGUUUGGGCAGGGACGGACGGCUGCCCGGGUGCUGUGAAGAACGAACGCCUGCCCUGGUGCAGGGAUCCAGCCUGCCCUGGUGCUGGGACGAACGCAUACCUGCCCUGGUGCUGGGACGCACACCUGCCUUGGUGCUCGGACAAACAAACGCCUGCCCUGGUGCUGGGAGCACUGGCCUGAGCUCUGCCAGGGGAGCCACGAGUGCAGAGCGGAACCUCCUGUCACCUGGUUGAGGACAAGGAGGAAUAAACCAGAGCUGAUCUACUUCCAUCCCGUAGGAGUGCCCCUAGGAGGCUUGUCGCCUUGGAGGAGAGAGGAUGGCUCAGGAGACAAACCAAACCCAGGUGCCUCUGUUGUGUACCACAGGCUGUGGGUUUUAUGGCAGCCCCCGGACCAACGGGAUGUGCUCCGUUUGCUAUAAGGAGUUUCUACAGAGACAGCAGAGCAGUGACCGGAUAAGCCCCCCAGCACCCAGUGGUCCCAACAGCAGCCCCAUGGCUUCAGAUUCAAUUGCAGGGCAGCGUGCAGAGGGAGACUCCACACCUGAGGAUGCAAAAGCCAGUGCUCAGACUCCUGUGACCCAUCAGAUGACGGCCAUGAGCAUAUCCAGAGAAGAAAACAGCAGUGAGACAGAAGAGUUCAUUAAGACAGAAGAAGCCUCAUCAGCAUCUUCCUCGUCAGGUACCCUGCUUGAAGUAUCCCAGAACACCACAGCUGAGGAUAAGACGGCUUCAGAAAAACCGAAACAGAAGAAGAAUCGCUGCUUCACUUGCCGGAAGAAGAUAGGGCUAACCGGCUUUGACUGCCGCUGUGGGAACCUGUUCUGUGCCAUUCACCGGUACUCUGACAUGCAUUCCUGCCCCUACGACUACAAGGCAGAAGCCGCUGAGAAGAUCCGUAAGGAGAACCCCAUCGUUAUUGCUGAGAAGAUCCAGAAGUUGUGAAGGGGGCUGAGCAGCUCGAACUGCAGCCAGGUGGCCUGAUGCUCCUCUCCUUCCUCCCAGCCUUUCUCCUCUUCCUCCCAGCCCCAUCGGUGGUGCGAUGGGAACGCCAGCAGCACACAUGAACCAGCACCUGGACAUGGGGACUCCUUGCAACUCUUUGGCAGACAGUUGACAUUCUCCCUUCCUCCUGUCUGACAGCCACAGCUGAGCUGAUCCAUCCUUGACCAAGCUUCCCAAAGAAAAAGGGACCAUCCUGCCCCGCAGCUCCAGUGCUAAAACCUUCGGACUUGUUUUCUGCUGGGGCAGUUUGUGCGGCAGCGGGGCUCUGCUGGGCAGCCUUUCCCUUCAGCCAGUACCUGAGUCCUGUGAACACACGGGACUCACAGCUGGACCCCACAAGCAGCCACUGGACUUUGUUCCCUCUGCCCCACCAUCUCUUUGUGGCAGAUAUAACCCAGGGAGCUGGGGAAUCCUGGCAGCAAGGCUGCCUUCUGCUCCUUGAGAGGUGUUUCUUUAGUUUUAACACCCCAAAUACCCUUCCCCUUCCUUUCAGACACUGUUGUUGAAGCACUGAGGUGGUUAAGCAGCAGAGUACUGGCACAGUAAAGUUAUUUUGUGGCUUGAAGCGACAUAGACACACUCCAGCCGCAGAUCAAGACCUUUAGGAAAGUACUGCUCGCUGCUUCAUGCCUCUUGCCGCAGGCAGGGAGUGAGACAGCCUGCUCACUCUGAGUCCAGGGCUGUGGCUGGGCUGCGGGACACCCUUGCACCAGCCUCCCGUGCUUCAACGUGCCCUGAAUAACCGCUGGCUGCUUCCCAAGCGAGGUUUGUUGCAACACAGCAGUGCCUGCGCCUCUCCUCUCCCCUCUGCUCCCUGCCUUCUGCCUUACACAGUUCUUUCUCAUCAGGGUUGUGCACACAGUUCAAACCGCCCAACCGCCACUUCCUUUCCUGUCCCUGCAUGCAGGCGGAUGGCGGGGACCCUUCCUCCCCUGUGGGCCGUGCUGGUGUUCAGUGAAAGCCUUUCUCCCCUGUGAGCAUGUUGGCUUGGGAAGCCCACCCAAAUGCCUGGCUGUCCCACCUCACUGCUUGUCCUCGUGGGAUGAGAGGUAGGGCCAGAUCCCCAGGAGAUGCUCCAAAAGCCAGACAGAGGGAUCUGGGGAAAGGCACACGGAGGGCUGCAGGGCAUGUGAAAUGUCAAGAGGAGGGACCCGGGGUGCCCAGAAGCACGAGGUGGGGGCUUUCAGAGAAGCCCAUGGAGAACCCUGGGGAGCCGGGAAAAGACUUGGAGAGCUCUGGGUCUGCUGAGACUCAUGAAGAGUUCUUGGUGCUGGAAGACUCGGGGAAGGCUCCAGGGUGCAAGAGAAAGGAAAUGGAGAGCUUUGGGGUGCAGUGAACAUGCUCAGAGGACUCGAGCACCCCAAAAGGCAUCUGGAAGGCUCUGGGGUGGGGGGAAAGCCAAAUGCCAGGCUUGAUAGCACUCCAGGAAAGACAUGUGGAGGGCUCUGGGGCUGUUGGAAAGGAAAACUUGGAGCUUAAGCACACAGCGCAAGGCAGGCGGCAGCUCCUGAGGGGUACCGAAGGCCACCUGCACCACACAGGGUCUGCGACUGCCCUGGAGGGGCUUUCCUCCCUGGAAACACCAGGAGCGGGGCUGUGGCCGCAGGGCUCGCAGUCUCACAAGCAGAGAAACCCCAAUGAGUCCCAGGGGAAAAGCAACAGCCUCUGGCCCACUUCUGGCCGUCCCAUGCUUUGGAAGUGUUUCCCUCAGUGGUGGCUCGUACAAGAGAGCGGAGCUGCAGGGGCUGAACCGGCAGCCUGGGGAAAUCACGGCAGCUCCUUCCAAGGGCCAGUUCCCUCCCCUGCUUGUGGCAGUUCUGCCACAGUGAUUGCAGUGGGGUCAUUCCAAAGGUUUCCUUUUUCCCAUCUGUUUUCAGCCAAAGUGGUGUGUGCCCUGCGGCACUUGCCAUCAUACGGCGUUACUGGGAAGAUUCAGACCUCCAAAACCAAUGCAAAUCCCCUGCUGGCGUGGAGCGGAGGCGAAGCUGGCUCUUGCCAGCCUUUUCCUCAGGUUUUUGCUUCUGGGGCAUAUUGGUGUCACGUCUGGAGCACGCGAGUGGCAGCACGUUUUAGUGCUAGGAUACGCCCGGGCUGGGAGCGCGGCGCUGCGUGGUGAGGCUGUUUCACCGUCGAGGUUUUUGCUGAGAAUGAGCCAUCGCUCCCUGGGAGGAAGCCGGGAGAAACUGCAAACCCCCCCCUUGCCUGGCGUUCACAUGAAGGUCGCGAGCCCCUGGGGACGGGAAGCAGCUUCCAUGGAUGCAACGGGAAAGCCCACGCGGCUAAAGGGCAGCCACCUGCUUCUCCACCACCUACCUUUUCCUCUUUAUUUCCUUCCUCUUCCUAAGUGUAAAUAUUAAUACAGUCUAGUUUGCUUGGA